CACCCGCACCAGCACACAUCCACAUAGUAGAACUGCACACGGAACGGAAAAUAGAACGAUUCAGUGUCAGCUGCGAAGUGCCAGAAUCGGAUUGCCGUCGUGCGCGAUCGACGAACGAUCAGUGGUGGUGUGUUUUUUUUAUUCUAGCUUCGAGCCGUUUAAUUAGCAAUAGUUGUCCGUCGUUGUCGUCGUCUCGCUGGCCUUGUGAUCGUCUUCGAGACACGUAGCCCGCUCGUAGCUGUAGUGGUUCGCGCAACUCUCCGACAACCAAUCUCCGUGACCAGGUGCCGAAUGGAUGAUAUUAAGGAGAGUUUCAUUCCCAACCUUCGCUUCGCCGAGAACGACGAGGAAGAGCUGGUGGAAGAGAUUGGCCUCACGAAACGGCCCACAAUUCCCUCACUUCGCCAGCGCAAAUCGCAACUCGACAUGCUGGAACAAAUGGAGCAGGAAAAACUGAGCGAUCUGCGCCAACGACGGAAAGGAGGAAGCGUUCGAUUCAACACUUCAAAGAAAACGCAACCUUUGUUCGUUCAGUCAAAAACCGCAACCUCGGAGAAGGACGCGCCAUUCGGCGAGAGUCUGAUGGUGAUGGAGUUUGGCGAAAGUGCCUCAACGGAGGCGAUCCAGUGGAUUGUGGAGAAGAUGCGUGAACGACGGGUUGAUGGUGGAAUGGAACUGAUCAUACGCAAGGAACCGCUCAGCAAGGACAGUCAGUCGAUCAUUUUUCAUAUCUCCGCGUCGGCCACUAAGCUACUGGAGAUUGCCGACGACAUGGGGUUCAUGAAGCGCACCAAAACCGGCAUCAUACGCAACUUCAACGUGGCCUGUCUGGAUGAGUUCUUUUGCGAUGAAAGCAUGUCGCUGGAGGACAUCCUCACUCCCGCCGAUCGCCAGAUUAUCAUCAAGUAUGCACUCGAAUCGAUCCGUGCGGCGGAUGAUGAACAUAGGAUCCCUGGUACCAAAAUCAUUCUCUACCAUGGCCAAUCGAUCGUGCAGGCGGCACAAAGUGCCGAACUAAUUACGUCCCUCUACUCGCUGCACGACAAGCGGAGGCUGAAGGAGCUGCGUCACCGCUGGACGAAACCGACCGCACCGCAGCCGAUCGACGAAAUUCGGGACUACUUUGGCGAGAGUGUCGGAAUGUACUUCUCCUUUCUAGGCUUCUACACUUACGCCUUGGCCGUACCGACCGUGCUCGGCUUUCUGCAGCUUGGCCUCUCGGAGGAAACGGAAACCGUCCCGUUCUUCUGCGUGUUCUAUGUCGUCUGGAUGAAGGUGUUUCUCGAGUUGUGGAAGCGCAAAAGCUCGUCUCACGCGUACCGCUGGGGCACAAUCACGAUGACCAAUCUGGAUGAGCCACGCGUAGGGUACUAUGGAAAGCUGGCGCGCGAUCCCAUCACCGGCAAGUGGACACCGCACUAUCCGAAGUGGAAAACCUACGCCCAAAUGUAUUGCGUAACUGCUCCGAUUAUCGGUCUGUGCAUGGCGAUCGCUGGGUUCGUGACCAUCUUUCAGUUUUACGUAGAAGCGUAUCUGGCCGAGCAGUUUGGACCGGAUGCGUACAUACUCUAUUUGCCGUCGGUGGUGAACGCGAUUUACAUUGCGCUAUCAACGCUCGCGUACGAUCGUUUGGCCACACUACUGACCGAUCGCGAAAACCAUCGCACCCAGAGCCAAUACGAACGUCAUCGUGUAAACAAGUUAAUUGUCCUCGAGUUCGUCAAUAACUUUCUCUGUCUAUUCUACAUCGCGUUCGUGCUGCAGGACAUGCGGAUGCUCAAGACACAGCUCAUGAUGCAGCUAAUCGUGCUGCAGUUCUUGCAGAAUGUGUUCGAAAACCUCUAUCCCUAUCUGAAGAAAAAAGUUGGACUGAAGAUCGUUCGGAUGUUUGUCACCUCGAAGUACGACAAGCUGAAGGAAGCACACGACGCACACGAGGAACUGGGCAUUCUAUCGCUAUCGGAGGACGAUCCACGGGUGCUUCAGACGCGCAAGGAAACGAUUCUGGAGGAGUACAAUACCUACGACGACUACCUGGAAUUGUACAUUCAGUUCGGUUACGUGGUGCUAUUUUCCUCCGUCGCUCCGCUAACCGCUUUCUGGGCCCUUCUCAACAACGUAAUCGAAAUACGACUCGAUGCAUACAAGCUGUGCAGCUUCUUUAAGCGGCCCUUCGCACGCCGAACGAAAAACAUCGGUGCAUGGCGGCUGGCGUUCGAAACGUUGGCCAUCGUCUCCAUUUUAACCAACUGCGGCAUUCUUUAUCUUUCGCCACAGAUGAGAGAGCUUGGCGCCGGAAUGAGCCGCGAAGCGUACACACUUACCUUCCUCAUUAUCGAGCACGUUUUGCUCGGGAUGACGUGGUUCAUUUAUAAAGCGAUUCCGGACACACCCCACUGGGUACGGGUGGCGCUGGCAAAAGCGGAACAUGACUCCCGGCAGGCACUCAAACGUGAGGAGUAGCGAUAAACACAAAGCGACACAAUUACACAUUCUCCUUCACUCUGUCAAUUUUGCGAUCGCACAACCGAAAAUGCCUCAGGCGCCGAACGGCACACAAAUACCCACUACUACGGCGACAGUCACACGGUGGCCCAUGCUAGAAGCCAAACUGACCCAAGUUACCCAAAGUUACCCGAAAUAACCGACUAUGCCAUAUUUAGCCAUUCAAUCAUUUGAAAUGCGAAACGCAUGUCCACAAUCGACAACGAGCUUCGCCGAAAACCGUACAAAAGCCUUAAUUUUUACUAACCGAGUUUUGUGUGACUUUUACUUAACCACUUUAUCUAAACUGUUUUGCUAUUGAUAUACAAAAAGCUAGAUUAAACACCUUUGAAAUGUAAAAGGAAAGGCUUAAGGCAAAUGGCUUAACGUGCUACACUAAUGCUCAGCAAAAGAACUGAAUGUGUUCGACGUUUUGAGACUGACAAUUGAUCUGAAAACGUUGCGCCCAUGCGUGACCAAUUAUUGUUAACUGCUCGUUGGUUACUUACAGAAUGCGCAGCGAUCUCGUAAUGUACUGUUCCGUCGGUUUCGCAGCGUCUAUGAUACGCAUUCGAUGCUCAACUGACCAAAUGAAUGGCAAAAAGUGAUCUUCUCUUUGCGUGCUUUGGUCGUGAUCUUUUGUUUUA